AUGAAGGGACAUACAAAAUUGGCGACCGAUUCCUAUCAAGGAUUCAACGAGGCCAUGCUGUGUACUUCAGUGUCCCAGACUCGCGAGUCGAGCCAGCUUAUUCGGCCAGCCUUCUUUCACAUCAUCAACCUAAAACGCCUGGAGAUUAUAACUGAUGCUGGCGACGAACAUGGAGUCCAAGGAAGAUCCCAUAAACACUUUGGCGAUAAGCUUAACUCUAUCGUUACAUCUCAGUCAAAGGAGAUACGCUUUGGACAUGCCGACUAA